AUGUCAUCCGCCACCAUCGCCGCCUCCCGGAGACAGUCUUGUUACCUGUGUGACCUGCCCCGCAUGCCAUGGGCGAUGAUCUGGGACUUCACCGAACCCGUGUGCCGGGGCUGCGUCAACUACGAGGGAGCCGAUCGGAUUGAGUUCGUCAUCGAAACGGCCCGGCACCUGAAGCGGGCUCAUGGCUUCCAGGAGGGGAGAUCCCCGGGGCCCCCGAGUGCCUCGUCCUCCAGCGGUUCGUCGUCGGUGAAGCCUCCGCUGGGGGUGAAGGAGAUGGCGCAGAUCGGACACCCGGUGGGGGGGCCGGAUGGCGUCUCUAGGGCCUCUCAGCAGCCGCCCCCUCCUCAGUGCCUGGACCGCUACCCUCUGGUGGGAGAGAGGCCUCCGCCCCGCCUGGCUUCGGAUUACAGCAUCGGCCGUCCGGUCAACGGCAUCCUUCUUCCCAACGGCUUUCCCAAGCCAGAGGAUCCGCCGGAGCUGAACCGCCAGAGCCCCAACCCUCGCAGGACUAGCGCGGUGCCCGCCGCCCUGGGCGCCCUGAUGAACGGCUCUCCUCUGGGGCCCCGGCCUCCUCCGCUGGGGAUCACCGCCGCCUCCUUGGUGGCCGCCACCACCUCCGGGGACCUGGGGAGCAAGAGGCCCGGCUCGGUGUCCAGCAGUGAGCACGAUGCCAAGGAGAAGCACCGGGCGGACAGCUACUCCGAACUGGGGGACAGCCACAAGGGCAGCAGGCCGGAGGAAUGGAUCAGCAAGCCCAAAACGGUGCGGGACACGCUGAUGGCCAUGCAGCACAACCACUCGCCCUUCGACACCAAAUACAAGAAGGAUCCGGCCACGGGCAGGGCUCUGGGCUUCGAGGCCGGCAACCCCGCAUCCAAAUCCGGUACGGAGUAUUAUUCCUCUACGGGAUCAGCCUAUUGGCUGGGGACAUAG